AUGGUAGGUAGAUUAAACCAUUUGGAGACGCAUAAUACUGGGAAACUCCCUUCUCAACCUCUUAACCCAAGAGAUUCUGUCAACGCUGUGACAUUGAGAAGUAGUACACAAACUGUGCAACCAGAAGAUGUUGAGAAAAGAAAAGACCCCAAGGGGUCGGUUUUGGAGAAAGAAAUUACUGACUCUUCCCAAAAUGAUGAGGUACCUAAAAUGAACUCUAAACCUCUUGUUUCUACUUACGCUCCCCCUUUACCUUUUCUUGGCAGGUUUGCUAACAAAAAGGUGGAACAAGACAAGGAGAUUUUAGAUGUACUCGAGAAGAUUCAUGUUAAUAUCCCGUUGAUAGAUGCAAUUAGGCAGGUUUCUAAGUACGCAAGAGUUUUGAAAGGCCUAUGCACCAAGAAGAAACGGUUAACAGGUAAUGAGGUGAUGAAUGUGGGGGAAAACAUUUCUGGUAUCCUACAAAAGAAACUUCCACCUAAACGCAAGGAUCCUGGUAGUUUCGAUAUACCUGUUGUGAUUGGUAAUAAAAGGUUCGGAAAAUCUAUGCUUGAUUUAGGAGCAUCAGUUAAUGUUAUGCCUGCAUCUAUUUAUGAGUCUUUAAAUAUGGGUCCUUUGAAAGAAACCCGUAUUGUUCUUGAACUAGUUGAUCACACUAAUGUUUACCCUAGAGCUGAUUUCGUUGUAUUGGAAAUGGAUAGCGGGUCGGAUGCAUCUAUACCGCUAUUAUUGGGGAGGCCUUUCAUGAAAACGGCCAAAAUCGUUAUUGAUGUUGACAAAGGAACGCUCACUAUGGAAUUUGAUGAUGAAAAGAUUCACUUCAAUAUUUUUGGAGCAAUGCGGUAUCCUAGCGAUGUUCAUUCGGAUGUUCAUGCUAAUGUCGUAGACGCAGGCUAA